UUUUGGACUCACUCCAUCGUCUCUCUUCUUCUUCUCGGCUAAAGAAACACCAGGUUGGUCUCUCUCCUCACGACACGCCACAAUUCAUCGACGACAACUAGCAGUUCACUGCCACCUCCAGGACUGGAAGAAGUAAUGGAGAAUGUACUGGAUAAGCCGACAAGGGUAAUCAAUGGGCUGAAAUCUGGAAGCUAAAAGUUAAGCCAAAAGUUAAGAAUUUUGGAUCUUUGAAGGAGUUUGGAUGACAGGAUUGCAGUUUUGAAUGGGAAAAAUUGGUGUUUUGAUAGCUUUGACGAAAAGGAAAAUUCAGGUCAAUGUCAUUUGUCUGUGUGUGGAGUGGAAUCUGAGCAUGUGAGUCACUUGCUCUGUAGAUAACCCAAAUUUGUGCUAGUAUGGAAACUGUAUGUGCUUAGCUACUAGCUAGAGUCAACUGUGGAGUGGUUAAUCAUGGCCAGUACGAUGCGUGUUCGAGAGCAAGUAAAGCUUUGGACCAACCUUGGCUGAGUGCAAGGUUUAAAAUGCAUUGCACCAUGUCUUCCUUGGAAACUUUGGAAGGCACAGAAUGAUUGGAUUCUUAAGGGUAUUUGGAGGUUUGAGUCUGAUAUUGCGAGCAGGGUUUUGUCUCAAUGUAGAUAAUCUAUGCGGCAUUCAAGAAGGUUAAAGCUUGUAUUCUUUUGAACAUCACAGCAACAUCUCGAUUACUUCCUUGGCCUUGACAUACCGGUGGUUGCCAUUCUAUUUUCAAAAUGUCCUCCCUCAGGAAUGCUGUUAGCAGACGAGCUCACAAAGAACGAGCUCAACCGCAUUCGAGGAAAAAAUUUGGGAUUCUUGAAAAGCACAAGGACUAUGUCGAACGUGCACAGGCUUACCACAAAAAAGAGGAGGCUUUACGGAAACUCAAGGAAAAAGCAUCAUUCAGGAACCCAGAUGAAUUUUACUUCAAGAUGAUUAAAACAAAAACUGUUGAUGGAAUCCAUAAAUUGGAGAGUCAGGCAAAUAAAUAUACUCAAGAAGAACUCAUGUUAAUGAAGACUCAAGAUAUAGGAUAUAUCCUGCAGAAAGUUCAAAGUGAAAAAAAGAAAAUUGAAAAGCUAAAAGCCAUGCUUCACUCUCUUGAUAAUCAGCCAUCAAACAGACAUGUGUACUAUGCUGAAGACAGGGAGGACGCUAAGGAGAUACAACUACGAAAUUUAGAAGAAGGUGGAAGAGUGCCUGCAUUUGAGAACGUACCGAGUCAUAUUAAAAGGAAGACAGCUGCUUCCUACCGCGAGUUAGAGGCAAGAAAAAGCAGAGUAAAUGAGUUGGAGAAACUAUACAUGGAUAUGGCCUUGAAAAAAGAACUACAGAAAAAGGGUCGGAAACGCAAGCUUCGUGAAGAUGAGAUUGUCUGUCCAACCUCCAAGCCAGUAUACAAGUGGCGGACAGAACGAAAGCGAUGAAAGUAUUGGGGUAUUGUCAAUGAGGUUGAUUGAGAUCUUCAUACUAAAGAGCUCCAUAUCUAUUGAAGCAUCAAUCUUUUGUAUGAUUUUGCCGCUGAAAUGAGAAUUCAACUUGAGGAUGAACUGUUUAUGAUCUUUAAAGUCAGUCCUGGACAUGUGCAUUCAUUCAAAAUUUUACAAUUUGGAAGGUUGCUGAUACCUUUGCAUUUGGGAUUAUGUAUUGUCGGGAGUCAUGUGAACAUCAUCAGUAAAGUGAUAUGUCGGUCUCUCAAGAACUGCCAAAUAUGAUUACUUAUUUAUUGAACAGUUAAUGAAAAGCUACGGUUUAGUAUUUUGAUGGAA